UUAUCGUUUUACUUGUUAUAAACAUUCAUAGGUAGGUGUUGAAAUAUUGAUGGUAGCUAGGAGUGGAUUGUAGGUUAAAAUGUUUUGGACAAUAAUUUAUAUUUUGGGAAUUCAAUAUUUUAUGGUGGAAUGUAUGAUUCCAAGUUUGUCAGUAAAUAAAAUCGACAGAAAACUCGUAUCAAAGCAACGCCAAGACACGUUAGAUAUGUGCCGAAUGUUUUCCGAGGGCAAAGGAAAAGCGGAGAACGGGCGUGGAAUGCAUACAAUAAAAACGCCUUAUCACGCAAAAGAGCAAACAUCUCGUAGGGGAAAACGGUCAGCGUCUUACAAAAGUCCGGGAGGUGAACUGGCAGAUGCCAGAAGGGUGGAGAGCAUUGUGGACAAACUAUAUGAGGAUCUAGAGGAAAACGGAGAGAAAGUCCAGUAUCGAAAAAGGAAUUUGGAUCCCCCUAUAGCUGCUAAUGUGGAGGUACCUUACAACAAGUCUGGUCGGAGGUACCCCUUCGCCCCGACCAUUUUGCUGGGCCCGGAGACUGCAGAUGUGGACCACGAUCCAGACACGGGCCUCAAAACAGUUGAAGUACCAUGGCAUAAGAAGUGGAUCAACGGAAUAGUGCCCUUUUUCAUCGACCCUAGCACUUACGACUCUCAGCUAUCACAGAAAAUAACUAAGGCGUUCGAUUACUUCGAAAGAGCCACGUGUAUCCGGCUGCAGCGGCUGAAGGACCGGCCCACAGAUAAGAAAUCGCUGAAAGAAGUGGAAUGGCUGUACAUCACGAAUCCUCUAGGAAUUAGACAGUGCGUGCAUAGCAAUUCUAUCAAGGUCAACAAAGGAGUUCAGAUGGUUGUGUUCGGCUACGACUGCCUGACACAGGGUGAAAUAGUACAUGAAGUGAUGCAUAUACUCGGUUUCUCUCAUGAACACACACGCCCGGACAGAGACGAACACAUAACCGUACUAUGGAAUAAUAUUAAACCGGGUUACAAGCAUUAUUUCGAUAUAAAAUCAAUAGGCACGCUUACGAACUUACCUUACGACUAUUCCAGUAUCUUGCAUUAUCCUCCUAGAGCGUUUUCAAGGAACGGCCAGUACACUUUACUAGCCGAUAAAAAUGAAGGAGCUAAACUAGGCCAAAGGAAGGGAUUGAGUGAGCUAGAUGUCGAAAAGGUUACCAUGAUAUAUGGCAAUGAGUGUGUCGAUCGUAACCAGAAAUAUCUUUUGCAAACUUGUCCAAGUGUGGUCAAACCCCCUACUCCAAAACAAACAGCAUCUAAAACACAAAUUGAGGAAUACUUCAAAGAUAGAAUUUGGCCUUAUGGCGUUAUAACCUUCAAGAUCAGGGACGACGUCGAAUUCAGUGCCGAAGAGAUUGAAAAUAUUAAAGCGGUAAUACGCCAUAUACAAAAAGAAACUUGCAUUGAAUUCAACGACGCUUCCGAAGAAUCAGAUGAAAUUGAAGAUUCUUCUGAAACUGAAAAGGAAAACAAAAAUAAUAAAAGUACCAAAAAUACUAAAAGUACCACCACUACCACUGAGGCUUCUACUACUGAUGCUUCUACUGCUGAUGCUUCCUCUACUAAUAGUUCCACUACUACAGCAGCUCGUGAAAAGUUGAAGGGUGAUGUUAAUGAUAGCCAUGAAUCAGAUAAUAAAAACGAUGAUGUAAAUAAUGAAAUAAGCCAAAAGAGCGGUGAAUCAGCAUUGAAAAAUGAAGAUAAUAAAGCAAAGCCUGAACAACUAAGAGCAAAAGGAAAUUCACAAACCUAUAGAAAAUCUGGCCAGAGCAGGCCUAACCGGCAAAAGCGUGUGCGUCGUUCUGCCAAAAAUUAUCGUCGACAUGCAGAAAACAUGUUAAUUCUCACGCGAGGUCUAGAAUCAGGAUGCAAAUGUCCAAAACCUGGGAAGACAGAAGGCCAUACAGAAAUACAAAUCAACGCAGACUGCUUUAACUCUGUUAACGAUUUGUUGCAUUUAUUCGUCCACAUAUUGGGCUUGGAUCACCAACACAACAUGCAUGAUCGAGACGAAUACCUGAAGAUUGUUUGGGAAAAUCUUACGCCAGAUGUAAAACAAGAGCUCCGAAAUAAACUGCCACCCGCUGCUUCAGUCGGUUUCCCCUACGACUACUUGAGCGUUAUGCAUUAUCCGUGGUUGCAAAUCAAAGAUGGUGUCGCUAAUAUUAUGUAUCCAGUUUGGAAUGAUGGCUGGGCAAUGGGUCACUGGCAAGGAUUGAGUUCUAUAGACGUUCAGAAGCUGAACCUGCUGUACUUCCAACAGUGCGUGCAAAGGAAAAGUCUGGAGAAAAAAGAGCAUAACACGACUGGACAUCCACACAAGUUGAAAGGUGAAAAUGAUAAAGAUGACAAAAAGAAUUAUUAAAUAAAAUGUAACUGUUUAUUUUA